AUGCCGAGGCCUGUGGAGCUCUCCAUGAUGGCCAAGACGAGCCAUCGGCUGCCACGCCCAGUGCAGACAACGGAGGGGCGACCGAGCCAGGCUCGAAGGUGCAUUUCCAUGUCCACUCGGAGCCUGGAAACCGGAGCUUAA